AAUCCGAAACGUUUGGUUGGCUGUAGGACCUGUCGGUCAUCCGGUGAAAACAGGCGGGGCUUGGUUGAGUCUCGAUGUCCACUGCGGUGUCCAAAAGGAAAACCACAACUUUGAUUGAAACGGUUGCUGCACCCGCGUUAUUACUUCACUCAAACACGAAAGUGGACAGAUAGAGCAGGAUGGAAAUGAGUUGUUUGUUUGUUCAGUAAUACAUUAUUUGUGAGGGUUAGCAUCACAUGCUAGUGCAUCAGCGGCAUCUCACGAGCAGCAUAUCUAGGCAGGCUAGUUAGCCAGGAAGCUAGUUUCCCUUCGCGAUGAUUGCCAACUGAGCGCUAUUGUGUUUUACUAGUAAGCUAAGCGUUUCUGAAUAUACUAGAUCUUGUUGUUUCGGUGUGGCAGCGGUCUGGUCGGGUCUAGUCGGUGUUUCUUCGUUUUCUUCUCAUUUUCUAAAAGACUGCUGAAUUUGGAGUCUGACGAAGGGGCAUCAAGCUAAGCUAACAAGCCAAAAAAUAGCUGUAACCUGUGUGUACCUCGUGUUCAUUCAGGUUAAGGCUAAAAUAAUAAUCUGUAAAAAAAAAAAAAAAAAAGAUCUAGAUAUGGACACAAGUUUUAGUCUGAGGGCUCGUAAUCUCGUGUUAGUCUGUACAUGCAUGUAGCUAGCAGCUGCUUUCGGUUGUGGACGUCUUUCACCGCGCAGGUAUCGUUAGCCUUCGCUAACAGCCUGAAAACUCCCGAGAUGCGCAAAUAAAAGCGUCGGGUUUCAUACAACUUGCUCUGGCUGCUUUAAGACGUCCAACGAUGUAGUUUUAUAGCAGAGAAACUCUAGGCGGUACUGGACGAACUCGGACAUUAAGUGAGCACCGUGAAGAACCAAGCAAUGAUGGCGCAAGAGAAGAUGGAGCUGGACUUGGACAUGCCGUCGGCUCUGCUUCAGGGAGACGGACACUUGAGGCGAUCCAACAGCGAGCCUAUGAUAAACGGAUUAAGUGACAACUCUCAGGUUUUCCAACGAGAGAUUCUACGCAGCAGACGAAACAGCACAACUCUUGUUAAUCGGCCGAACAUGGUUCCAUCGUCCCCGGUUCGCAUCCCUAGCACCAGGCUUGAAAGAAUCAAACAGGAGGAAGGGGUUGAUGUGAUGAACAGGGAAACAGCUCAUGAACGGGAGGUGCAGGCAGCCAUGCAGAUGAGCCAGUCUUGGGAGGAAAGUCUUAGCCUGAGUGACAAUGACUUUGAGAAGUCUACAUCAUCAUCCCCGAAGCGUAUUGAUUUUGUGCCGGUGUCUCCAGCUCCAUCUCCCACUAGAGGAAUUGGGAAGAAGCAGUGCUUCUCUCCGUCUCUGCAAAUCUUGGUGAGCAGUAAUGGUCGAACUCCCAGCCCCAUCCCCAGCCCAACACGUCGUUUCAGCAGGAGGAGUCAGAGCCCCAUUAACUGCAUUAGACCCAGCAUUUUGGGACCUAUCAAACGGAAAGUUUCAGGCGAGAUGGAAGCAGAGAGCCAGCCAAAGAGACUUUUCCAGGGUACCACCACCAUGUUGUCCACAGAGACUGCUCACCUUCCUGAACUCAGCUCAUGUUUAUCCCCUGACCUGCUUGAUGGAAGCCUCAGCAGUGUUGGCUCCUCUUCAGGUUCUCCAGCUAAGAUGGAAGGGGUUUCACCCUCCUCGAGUAACUCUCCCUUCACCCACAUCCCGGAUCUUUCACCUAAGUGAUUUGACAUAUAUUACAAGACGGGCCACACGAAUGAGCCUCUAGAGUUUCUUGUGCUUCUGUUCCAUGCCUUCCCAAUCGUGCUUUUGUUCUCAUCUUUGAAGCCAAAGCCCUGCGGGUAUUUUUUCUUGUCUGGACUUUACUAUUGGGGUGUGAAAGACGGUGAAUGCUGUUUGCACCAGCUGCUAUAUAAAGGUGUAAUAUAUGGGGUGAGGCUCCAUAAUGAAAUGAACAGCGUUUUUCGAGCCCUGCAGUUUCUGUAUGAAUUUGUGUUCUUGUAGCUCUCUUAAAUUAGUGGAAUGCUAAUAUAAAAAUAAGGCUCUUGGAGAGCGAAACGUCCCCUCUUGCAACAAUACUGCUCGAUUGCCUGUGGCUGGGCUUAUUACUAUAAGUCUUUAUUUGACACAAGCAGAUUGCCAACAGGUGUUGUGUGAAAGAAUUUAACUUAUUUUUUUGGUUCCAGCUUUGUUUCGUUUUCUUUGUAAGUAUGUAUAUACAUUGUGAUGGCUAUUAGCUUGUCGUUUGUAAUCUGUAUGGGGUGAAUGUGUGCACAGUGCCCGAGCACUUAACUGACAAUUGGGUGUGAUUGCGCUUGCAUACAUUUACAGCAGAGUUUGGUCACGUCUAAAAGGAUCAGCCUUUCAUUAUUGGUGUAGAUGGAAGGAGGCAGCACCACCGUUGACGAGUGCCUCGUUAUCACUCUUAGUGCUUCAUUAAGUUUUUCUAAUGGAGUUAAUGGUUGUCGUCAGCUAUUUAGGAAACGGAGGAAGUGUUGGUUGAAUGCAAUAUUAAUGGGGAUGUGUACCACUAAAUCCAGGAUUUGAACACUAAAGCACAUUCAGCAGUGUGAGUUGCAGUUUGUCUUGAGGUCUACCACCCUCGGGCAUGGUCUAGCCUUGUCAGCUUUCGAGAAGUGAACCGCCUCACUGCAGUGUGUUUUACAGCCCUUUAUACGCCGUGGCUUCACCCUUAUUCAUUUGUCUUUGGAAUAUCACUGUGUGACAGUACAAAGCUUAAACAACAGAGUUUUUGGUGUUUGAAUGCCUCCUUUUUUAUUUUAUUUUAUAUUUUUUUUUGCUGCAUGGGGUGAACUACUGCAAACCACUGUCAAAGGAAUUUUCGAGAUAAAUUCCUGGAGCAGUUUGGAUAAAUAGAAUAGAAACAGCUGCUGAUGGAGACGUUUGAACGUGGAAUAGGAGGAAGGUCAUCUACUGAUUUCAUGAAAGUAGUGUGCCAUUAAAGGUCUGUAAAUAAGAGAGAUGUAAAAUCUUACUUGUGUAAGUUGUUAUUCAUUUGUGUUUUUUUUUAUUUUUUAUUUUAGUAAAUAUUUUUUUGUAAAUUGUUUUAUGAAUUAGUUUCCUUUAGAAAAAAGAAAAUACUAUUUCCUCAGAGCAUGAUGCAUCAUAAAUAUGUUUUGUUUUUAUUUGCAAGCAAGAAAAUGAUUGUAAAUUCUGUUUUUCAUGGAAAUGAAAUUAAGUGUAGUUUAUUGCUCCAUAUUAGAAAUAUGACUGAGGCAAAACUGCACUGUACAUCCUUUCUCUGAAUGCAUUUUGUUGCAAGGAGAGAAGGGGGGGGGCAGUAAGUGGGUCAUGCAGGUCCUCUUUCUGUACUGUAGUGAUGGUUGAAGUGUUUGUGGUUUGAUUUACCAAUUUAUUGUGGCUUUUCAUUUUUUCUUUUUGUCCUGUGGACUUGUCUGAUCUUUUAUUUAAAUUACACUGUCCUCUUUCAAAAGCGUAAACCUUAAGCUUAUGUGUUGAGUGAGUCGCGUGCUUUGCCGAGCUCUGCUCUAAAUGGACAAAAAUAUAUUUUCUUGUCCCCUUUAUCAGUGAUCCUCAGAUUACAAAAUAAAUUAUUUGUCUGGCAUGGGCAUCUUAUA